CUACAAUGGGCUCCUCCAGCCGUCAGCUUCGAGACGAAACGAUCUGGCGAGAGUUUGAGCGAGGCUAUACUACAACUGGAUAUAUGGGCUUUGGCGCAGGUGAAGAAGCUGACCGAGCUGCUAUCUCUAGCUGGGAGACCGUCUACACCGAUACCUGCGUUGCCGCUAGUGAUCAUCCAGGGCGAAGACUGGACGGUGCGGUUCUUGGAGAUCAACGUGGAACAGAAGCAGGCGACGCUGUGGAGCAAGAUCACAUUCGCAGACACCACGGAACAUCGCGGAGUGUAUCAGGCGGUCACUGGCUUGCAGGCGUUGCUGAAAUGGGCCGCCGAAGAGUACAGGGCGUGGUUCGUGGAGAACAUCAUUCGGCCGCUGAGUCAACGAGUCCGCGACGGUUAG